AUGCCCCACGACAGAGACACCCGCCGCGAAAGUCUUCGAGUGCCCCGCGCUCGUCCUCGUCGUGGCGUCUCCAGAAACUCUCCAGUGCGCUCUUCAGCCAAUUUGGAUGAGCACCGCCUGUCCUCAGGCGCCCCAGCUGCUGCGCAAGCUCUUCGAGCUGCUCCAUCUCGCUUUUCCCUCAACGAACAGUUCGCUGCUACAAAGCAGGAGUUCGCAUUCUGGGACGAUGAUGCUAGUUCGAUCUACGAGCGUGGAACGAGUGCUGUUUCCGAGACGGGAGAUCCAGACCUCGAUGAGAAGGCUGCCUUGAGCUCAACUGAAGGAGGCUACGGACCUGUGCCUCAUACACAAGAUCCAGCACUUGGAGCAGAGGAUCUCUACACUAAUUUUUACGACCUACUUUGUCUCCCACGAGACACUUCGGAGUUGUCGCAACAGCAGAUCCGGAGCGCAUACUACCGUCUGUUUAUCCUCUUUUACCCGGACAGCUAUCCUGAGCAUUUGCGCCCCGUAGCUCAUCAGCAAUUCCUCCGUGUUCAGGAUGCCUUCGAAACACUCAUUGACCCUGCGCGACGAGCUCAGUAUGACCUAGACCAGUUCCUGGAAGCUGAAGAGACAGGCGCUUCACAAUCAGCAUACGAAGUCGCCUUUAAAGAAGCUGUUUGGGACCGGUUACAGAACGGCAUACAGACAAGCUCUGAUCUAGGAAUCCGACUUGAUGCCUCUGGGUCGGGACGUGGCGCCUCAGGGCUGCAAAUCCUUGACUUUUCUCUCAGUCAUUCCGUCACUGUCGACCUACCAGCACUUCAGAAGCUUCUUCAAUCUCAAGUUACACGACUCGCAAGUCUUGCUUCAAAGGAAGAGAAGGAGACAAUCGAGAGUCCAUCACAGCCUCGAAUCCAAGUCGCAACACCCACUGUGACUGUGACUGGAUCUACCUACGGCAUUACACGGGAUCUGUCCUUGGUACCAACAUCACUCUUGUACGAUCGAUAUCAGCCUCUGCUACCCCUGCCAAUCACCAGACAGAGACUCAUACAACUCGUUGAGAACAAGUUCGCUCCGUUGGCCUCUCUGCGACAUCGACAAGAGUUUUUGAACCGCUCACCUUCAUCGUCCCCUGAUAAGCUUAGGUGGAUCAAGACUGCUGUUGAGCUCGAGUCAGAUGUUCUGCCAGAGUUCUCCGUCACAAGCCGUCUUUAUCAUCACUUUCUCCUCCCCAAAUUCUCAGAGCCAACCAUAGCCGAGGCUAGUAUACAAUCGUCGCGUGAUUCCUCGUCGAUUCAACCGCGUGUUGCUCUAGGUCUCUACCAGAAUCUGCGACACGGAACAGGAUUCCUGCGCGCAGACAGUGGCGACUGGAGCUUUGGAUCCAAUCAAUACUCUCAUUUUUUCUCUGAACACUCAAGAAUCAGUCCAGACUUCUUCAACGCCGAAGCCCCUGGACCAACCCCGAACCUCGAGCUAGGCUUCCGUACAGGACCAUUAGAUCGAUUACCUGUAUCAGGCUCGUCCGACUCUCCUGGCGAUGAGGGCGGUAUUAGGGGUCUCGACUACGAGAUUAAUUCUUGCAAGCAUGGAAGCUGGGCAGUCUCUGCAUCUGCUACACCAACUUCAUUGGCCGGCGCUGUCCGAUACAGCAAAGACCUGACUCUACCUUUCCAAACUCCUCCGACAUCACUGGAUCCUGGUCUACCCUCUUCAGCCCGAGUGGAGGCAGAGCUUUGUUCCAACACAUUCCAAGACCAGUAUUUUGCCCUCCGCAAUCUGUGGUCUGUUGGCCGUUUUGCACGUGUUGGUCUUGAAGUCGGCAUCAGUCUGCACAACCUUCACCUCUCCGUCUACUGGUCCCGCCUUGGUCAGCGUCUCGGUGUCCCGCUUCUCAUAGCACCACGGUCGCUUCUUGGGUCUAGUGUCCUUUUCUGGGCCUGCGCCCUACCCUUUGCUGGACUUGCGGCAGUGCAGCUUGGUCUCAACUAUCGUCGCCGUCAGCGAGUUUCGCGAUCUCAUCGCCGCGUUCGCUCAGAUGUCUCUUCAACUGGGGCACCAGUCGCCAUUGCUCGGCAUAGAUACGAGGCAGACAACAUCACAACACUCCUUGCACAUCCAAUAGAGGGUCGCCAGAAGCGUCAGAUGACACUUGGUGGUCUCGUUAUCCUCAAUGCUAAAUACGGCAUCCCUGAUGAAUACGGCAUCAUCGCAACGAGCGAUCAAGUUGCCGAUGUCACAAUUGCCGUUGCCGCUCUUAUCAACGAAUCAUCAUAUUCCAGCGGCCCAGCCCUAGUGAUCCCCCAUGGCGUGCGCAAGAGCCGCCUACCAGGAUUCUGGGACCCAGCUCCGGGCUUGGACAAGACUCUUCGCGUGGAGUAUCUGUUCAAGGGUGACGCAGGCGUCAUCGAAGUUGGGAGCCGUGAUGAACUCAUUCUUCCGCCGCAAGCGUAG